ACUUGACCAACUCACAAUCUAAGUUUCAACACUCUCACUCACACUCUCCUACACACAAACAAGUCUCUGCUUUUCCCACACAACUAGUUUUCACUUGCAAAUUCAUUUAAUGGAUCACUUUUUCUCGUACUCCACCUCAUCUUACUCGGCCCCGCCUCAAGACCCAUAUAACUACUCAUCCUACCCCACCUCAUCUUACUCGGCCCCACCUCAAGAUCCAUGUCACUACUCAUCCUACCCCGAUUCCUCAUUCCCCACAGAAACCACAGGCAAUGCCUAUGGCAUUGGCAAUGCCAGUGACCAGCCUGUUCACAUUCCUGGUGACGAAGUCUUGCUAGCCUCCAGUAACCCGAAAAAACGCGACGGAAGGAAGAAAUUCAAGGAGACACGCCACCCUGUUUACCGAGGAGUGAGGAGCAGGAAUCCUGAUAAAUGGGUUUCUGAGGUCAGGGAACCAAAUAAAAACACAAGAAUCUGGCUAGGAACUUUUCCCACAGCUGAAAUGGCUGCGCGGGCUCAUGAUGUUGCAGCCAUCGCGCUUAGGGGCCGAGGUGCCUGCCUUAAUUUCGCGGACUCUGCUUGGAGGCUGCCUGUUCCAGCUUCUACCAAUGCCAAGGACAUUCAGAAGGCUGCAGCUGAGGCCGCCGAGGCCUUCAGGCCACAAGAGAAUGACAAUGCAGCAGAGAGAACAAGUCCGGAGGAGACAUAUGCAUCGCAAGCAAAUGAGGUGGCGUACAUGGAUGAAGAGGCCUUGUUUGCGACGCCUGAGUACAUUAACAGCAUGGCACAGGGGAUGAUGCUUUCUCCCCCGCAAUUCGCGCAGAGUGACAUGUACUAUGGGAAUGAUGACAUGGACUCUGUUACUGAUAUGUCUCUGUGGAAUUACUAAUGGGAUCAAGAUUAUGCAUAUUUUAUCUAAUUUUCUGUAUGUGUAAUAUACUAAUAUGUAAGCUGUAGGCUCAGAAGUGUGGUUUUGCAAUAUUGUUUUAUUUAAAGUUGUUUUUUUACACUUAGUUUUUCUGUAUAGGCUCCGGCAAGUUGGAUAGUGUGAUAUCAAUAUAUAAACUUCUUUGCAAACCA